AAAUUGUAAACCAUUAUUAACAAGCAUAACCGGUAAUGAAAUUGAUGAAAUUGACUUAACAAAUAUGUUAACGAUCUUUGAUGAAGAGAAGGAGGAUGAUAUAGUCGAUUUGGAUGAAGAAUCAGAUCUAAUAACAACUGCUAAUGGAGAGCGUAAUAAGGCUAUUAGUCUUUUGCGAGAAAAAUAUAAUUCACUUUGUGUUGAGAAUGAAAAUAUUACCAACUUACCAAAUGAAGCACCAAAAGAGAAUCAAAUGCAACUUUUUUCAAUUAUAUUUGGGUCAGAUAUAGCACUAGUUAAAAAUGAAGUAGAUAAAUAUCUUAAGAACAAUCAA